AUGCUUGCCGAUCGAUGGAAGGGAUUGAGACUCCUAUGCUUCAUCUUACUCUGGCAAGUCAUGCCUGGGGCGCUGACGUCAGUAGGAAACAACGGCAUGGAUGGAGGAGAACGGGUCAUGUUCGUUUCUAAGAUCACAAAACUUGUGCGGCGAGGCCCUCGCAUGUUCGCAGUUCUGGACGAAGACAAGUACCUACCCUUGUCGCACCCUCAGGAAUGUCCCCGUCCCCCUGGACUACAAUUUGAGGAAGGGCAAUGGCUGAAGAUUGAGGCUCGCAGGAACAUGGACGCUUCGAAGAACCCUUGGACAUGCACUCGCGUCAUUUCUGCAGUUUCUCCGCCCUCCAUGACACCUCAGUACAUCGAUAGACCAUGGCAGGGCAUGAAUAAUCCUACGGGGAUGCUUCCACCGCACGCCGAACCAGCGCAAAACGCCUACCAGCAUGGAAAGAAUGUGUUCCAGCAGGACGUGGGCGGAGCAGAUGUAGGCUGGAACGAGGGGCAGCCAUUGGGCAUGAUGCAGCAAAGACCUCACGGGUACCCAGCGCCUGGCAGCGUACCCCAGUACGUCGCACAGGAUAAUUACGCUCCACGUGCAGACAUGCCGUCCUUUGUUCCAUCACCUGGGAAAAGACCCGCCUCCUCCCUCAACCCAGGCUUCCACAGCGGGGCUCGAAUGCCGAUGGGGCUCCGGGGCAGCAUGCAGUACGGGGAAGGAUCGUUGCAGCCGGUGAAGAUGCACAGAGGGAAGUCUUGGGACUCCGGAGGUUACAGGCAGCCGACAGAGGAAAUGUUGGCCGAGGAUAUAAAAACGUGCCGCAAGUACAUGGACCUGAUUAGAUGCCUCGAUAGUUACUUUGCCUCUUCUCCCAUCAGCGAUCUGAGCAGCGGGAUGGCCUCCCAGAUCAUUUACAAGAUUUCUUGUUUGCUUGUUGCAGAUCAUAAUACUAUCGACAAGAAUAUCCAUCAUCACAAUACGCAGUCGUUGAUGAGUGCCCUGCUGGAGCGAUUGAGGUCAGACACCCUUUCACUCUCCUGCGGUUCUAUCUGCAGUGUAACAUGGGCAAUGGGAAAGAUAUGGCUGACUAAGCUGAAGAAAGGAGCUUAUGAAUUGCAGGAGAGCAUAAAGAAGGCGAUGGAAGUUCUCGCAACAGAAAUGGUCGCGCGCGACCUGAACACUCUGACUAGCCAGCAGCUCAGCAUGGCGAUCUUUGGAAUCGCAAAGUCCGGCCUGACUUCCCCUCGGUUUGCUUCAGUCUUUGAGAAGUGCGAAAAAGUGAUUUGCGAGGGAGGAGUCUCCAACUACUCCAAUCAGAACCUUGCGAACAUGGUCUGGGCGUUCGCCUUCUAUGGGUACCAGAGCAAUGCUGUGAUGACGCACAUCGACGAUGAGCUUUCCAGGAGGAACAUAAGUGCGUUGAAGCCUGCUGAGCUUUCAAUGACCCUCUGGGCGUGUGCACGAUAUCACCAUCCAUCCAAAUGGCUUUACACUCGUUUCUCUAGUGAGAUGAGACAACGAGGGUUCAGCAACUGCUCUACUCAAGAGCUGGCCAACCUCUGCUGGGCAUUGACAGAAUCAAGCGAUGAGUAUGGUGAUCUCGUCUAUGAUGUUGCACAGGAAGUUUCCUCUCGUCCUGUGAAUCCGAGGAAUUCCAAAGACAUGCGAAACAUCCUCUGCUGCAUUGCGAAGAGCAGGGUGCCUGACUGCGGGCUCGCGUCCGAGGUGGCGCGCGAGCUGGAGGCGAGUGGAAGCACCACUUCAGUGCGAGCUUGGAUCCUGACCUUCUGGGCAUUCUCGCACAUUGCCUUCAUACCUUCCAGUGAUCUCCAGCAGUCCUUCGAGACAAAGGUGCAAGGGGAUGCGAUUUCCAACUCCACAACCUUCCUUUGCAAGGCCCUUCUUUCCUUUGUCAAGCUCCCCCUGAACCAGCCAAGAUUGACAGACAGGCUUCUUGAUUUGAUCAACUCCACCAUGCCCAAUCAGACGGGAAUAUCCGCCAGCAAUCAGCCCCUAAGCUCGGCUCGCAACCUUCCCACUGUUGAGGACCUUGCGGAGCUGCUCUGGUGUUGUGCCUACCUCCGCCGACUCGAAAUGGCGCCGCAAGUGCUUCAGAAUCUGUUGCAGCUCAUGUCGGCGCAGAAGAUGCAAGGCACGUCGAGCCGCCACCUGCUCAUGCUGGUGUGGUCAACCGGCGUGAUGCAAGAAGAAGGGUUCGAGCUAGACGCUAUGGGAGAGAACAUAUCCCUUUCUCUCAACGAGCAUCGGUUGCUUCUUGGGGAAAGGAUCUUGUCUCUUUCCUCUCGUGACUCACUCCUCCGCCUGCUCGCCGUGCUGCUGCCUUGCACAGAGCAGAGCAAGUCAGUAAUGCUGCAGGAGCACCCAGCUAUGUCGAGGCUGUGGACUUCCUUGUCUGAGAGCUGGGCUGAGGAUGAAGACAAGCUGAAGCGCUUGCAGUCUCUCCUUGGCUAUGCGUGA